GCGUGCGGAGCUGGAGAAGUAGCAUCCGUAGAGUUCAGCUACUGCGAGGCUCUAACAGAAGAGGAAUGAUUGUGAAUAACCUCUCUCUGUGCUACCACAACAAACUAAUCUUAGCCCCUAUGGUUCGGGUAGGGACUCUGCCAAUGCGGCUGCUGGCCCUGGAUUAUGGAGCAGACAUUGUUUACUGUGAGGAGCUGAUUGACAUCAAGAUGCUUCAGUGCAAGAGAGUUGUCAAUGAGGUGCUCAGCACAGUGGACUUUGUUGCCCCCGAUGACCGAGUAGUCUUCCGCACCUGUGAAAGAGAACAGAGCAGGGUGGUCUUCCAGAUGGGGACUUCAGACGCAGAGAGAGCCCUUGCUGUGGCCAGGCUUGUAGAAAAUGAUGUGGCUGGUAUUGAUGUCAACAUGGGCUGUCCAAAAGAAUAUUCCACCAAGGGAGGAAUGGGAGCUGCUCUGUUAUCAGACCCUGACAAGAUCGAGAAGAUCCUCAGCACUCUUGUUAAAGGGACAUGCAGACCUGUGACCUGCAAAAUUCGCAUCCUGCCGUCGCUAGAAGACACCUUGAGCCUUGUGAAGCGGAUAGAGAGGACUGGCAUUGCUGCUAUCGCAGUUCAUGGGAGGAAGCGGGAGGAGCGGCCUCAGCACCCUGUCAGCUGUGAAGUCAUCAAAGCCAUUGCUGAAACCCUUUCCAUUCCUGUCAUAGCCAAUGGAGGAUCUCAUGACCACAUCCAACAGUAUUUGGACAUAGAGGACUUUCGACAAGCCACAGCAGCCUCUUCAGUGAUGGUGGCCCGAGCGGCCAUGUGGAACCCUUCUAUCUUCCUCAAGGAGGGUCUGCGGCCCCUGGAGGAGGUCAUGCAAACGUACAUCAGAUAUGCAGUGCAAUAUGACAACCACUACACGAACACCAAGUACUGCUUGUGCCAGAUGCUGCGAGAACAAUUGGAGUCGCCCCAGGGAAGGUUGCUCCAUGCCGCCCAGUCUUCCCAGGAAAUUUGUGAGGCCUUUGGCCUUGGUGCCUUCUAUGAGGAGACCACACGGGAACUGGAUGCCCGGCGAACAGAGCUUUUGACCAGGACUCCAGAGGAGGCCAGGGAACCAGCUCAAGAUGACUCUGGUGUCAUUAAGAUGGCUGUCAAGUUUGACCGGAGAGUAUACCCACGCCAGAUCACCCCUAAGAUGUGCCUGCUGGAGUGGUGCCGGAGGGAGAAGUUGGCACAGCCUGUGUAUGAAACGGUUCAACGCCCAGUAGAUCGCCUGUUCUGUUCUGUUGUCACUGUUGCUGAGCAAAAGUACCAGUCCACUUUGUGGGACAAGUCCAAGAAACUGGCGGAGCAGGCUGCAGCCAUCGUCUGUUUGCGGAGCCUGGGCCUCCCUGAGGGUCGGCUGGGUGAGGAGAGCCCCUCCUUGCACAAGCGCAAGUGGGAGUCCCCUCACCAAGACCCUGGGGAGCUGUGCAAGAAGCCCUUUGUGGCCUUGGGAAGCGGUAAAGAGAGCCCCCUGGGAGGCUGGUGACUAUUGUCCCUGCCCUCUUUACCUGGCCCACCUAUGGGCCUGGUCCUAAGGUGGCUGUGGGUGCCAGAGCAUGAACUGAAUGCCAUUGGACAAGUUGCUGAUGCUGCUUGGCAGGAGUUAGAGGUCCUGGCCUGGGCCAUCAGCCUGGAGCACUGGCCCAGGGGUGCCCAGGGUGAGACCCAUCUCCCUUGGUGGAUCCUAGUGGCAGGGCCAAGUUCCCAGUGACCUCAGUAUUUUCUUUGAAAACAGGAGCUUUUCAGGUGGCACCUCCCCAACCUGACAUUGGAACAGUGCAAUAAAGACAC